UAUUUUCUGAGGAAAGGUAUUUUCUAUCGAUUCCCGUUCAAUGUUUUUCAAAAACAUAUGAUAAAAUUUUAAACAUGAGGCGUGAAUUUAUAUUUCUUUUGCUUGCUAUAAUCAGCGUGUCGACCAUGUGGUCGUUACUAUCAAAUGUUUUCCGUAUGGUGUUUAUUGAUAAAAUGUUGUUGGACACAGUAAUAGGGGCAGUAGGAGCAGGGAAUUUCUCUUAUUGGCAAUUGGGGCACGGUGGCCCCUUGCUGGUAGAGCUCACAUCUCUUAGUGGAGACGCUGAUUUGUAUGUAGCUGAUAAUUUGAGACCCAGUUAUGAGGUGGACAGGCACAAUUUCAGCUCGAUCACAUGCGGCAAGGAUAUUGUUAGUAUACCAGCUGACUUUCCUCGGCCCAUUGGAAUAGGAGUGUUCGGAGCAUGGUCGCAUGCGAUAUCAGCGUAUAGCAUACACGUAUUCCUAGACAGGUCAGAUAUGAACGAGCAGAUGAUGGUCUUCGAUGAGGGCGCUAGGUUCGAUGCGGCAGAACCAAAGGAGCAGAAACCGAUAAAGAAGGAGCGAAUGGAAGACAGGCCGAGAUUUAUGAAGCUGCUAAAUUUCUUAGACAUGAUAUUCGAUACAUUUGUGUUGUAAUUCUUUCACUACAAAACUAAAAAAAAUGUUGUGUGGUUUUAUGAAACCACGGUAAAAGUGAAACUGUUCGAACGGUUCCGAACACUGCUUUGUGUAGCGCAUGUCGC